UAUAUAUCUCAUCUCCUUCCCCAUCUCUCCCAUCCCUCCAUACUGUAAGAAUUAAGAAAAACAUAUAUGGCAACAAAACCAGGGUACUUAACUCAAUGGCCCUGGCAAAGCCUUGGCAACUUCAAGUAUUUGCUGUUGGCUCCAUGGGUGCUGGAUGGAGCUCACAAGGCCAUGAGAGAUGGAUGGAAUGUAAACUUCACGUAUCUAGCCAUCCUCCCCCUUCUUCUCUCCAGAGUGCUUCACAACCUGGUCUGGAUCUCCAUAUCCCGUUUCCAGAAUGCCAGGAGCAAACACAGGAUCCUUGAUAGAAGCCUUGACCUCGACCAAGUUGACCGUGAGAGAAACUGGGAUGACCAGAUCUUGUUCAGUGGUUUUAUAGCCUACUCGAUCUCCAUGUGCUUCAGUACUGAUGCUACCAACCUUCCAAUAUGGAGAAUGGACGGUUGGGUCAUCAUCAUGCUCCUCCAUGCUGGCCCUGUGGAGUUCCUCUACUACUGGUUCCACAGAGCUCUUCACCAUCACUUCCUCUACUCUCGCUAUCACUCUCACCACCAUGCUUCAAUUGUCACCGAGCCCAUUACUUCUGUGAUUCAUCCAUUUGCAGAGCAUAUAGUGUACCACUUUCUCUUCUUUAUUCCUUUGCUGACGUCCAUCUUUACCAAGACAAGCUCCAUUCUUGCUAUUUUUUUCUAUAUGACAUUCGUUGACUUUAUGAACAACAUGGGGCAUUGUAACUUUGAGCUUGUCCCGAACUGGCUCUUCAAGGUCUUCCCUCCUCUCAAGUAUCUCAUGUAUACUCCCUCGUAUCAUUCUCUUCAUCACACUCAGUUUAGAACCAAUUACUCUCUAUUCAUGCCUUUUUAUGAUUACAUCUACAACACAAUGGACAAGUCUUCUGAUUGUUUGUAUGAGACUUCCCUCAAAGGAAAAGAAGAAAAAUGUGAUGUCGUUCAUCUAACUCAUCCUACAACCUUGCAAUCUAUUUAUCAUCUUCGUUUCAGUUUCCCUUCCUUGGCUUCGAAACCAUAUGAUUCUAAGUGGUACAUGAUGUUGGUUUGUCCGUUGUCGCUCAUAUCAAUGGCAUUUACAUGGAUCUAUGGUUCUUGUUUUACUGUUGAGAGAAACAAAUUGAAGAAACUAAUAAUGCAGACAUGGGCAAUACCAAGAUAUUCUUUCCAAUAUGAAUUAUCUUGGGAAAAAGAUGCAAUCAAUGAUCUGAUUGAGAAGGCUGUUCUUGAGGCAGAUUGCAGAGGAGUUAGAGUUUUGAGUCUUGGACUAUUAAAUCAGGGCAGAGAAAUCAAUGGAAACGGUGAAUUGUAUCUGAGGAAACACCCAAAUUUAAAUUUAAUGAUUGUUGAUGGAAGUAGUUUAGCAGCAGCAGUUGUUCUCAGAAGUAUUCCAUCGGGAAUAAACCAAGUACUGAUUUCAGGAACUCUCUCUAAGAUUGGCUGUGCAAUUGCAACAGAACUAUGUAAAAAGGGAACUCAGGUUAUGAUGACAUGCAAGACUGAUUUUGAUUAUCUGAUGUUAAGAAUGUUAGAUUCGACUUCAAGACACUUAACUUUCACAAGGAAUUAUACCACUCAGGUUUGGUUGAUAGGAGAAGGAAUGGAUCAUGCAGAGCAAAUGAUGGCACCGAAAGGCGCCAUCUUCAUACCUUUCUCACAGUUUCCUUUGAAGAAAGCUCGCAAGGAUUGCACUUACUACUCCACCCCCUCCUUGAGAAUGCCUGAUGCACUUGAGAAUGUGCAUUCUUGUGAGAAUUGGCUUCCGAGAAGGGUUAUGAGCGCAUGGCGAGUUGCAGGGAUAAUUCAUGCAUUGGAAGGAUGGAACGAACAUGAAUGUGGAGACACAAUGCUUGACAUUGAGAAAGUAUUGUCUGCUGCAAUCCUUCAUGGAUUCUUCCCUUUAACUCAAGCAUCAUAUGAAAAACAAUAAUUGAGACAAUAAUAGUUUGCUAUCAAAUAUAUCCAUGUACUACUUUGAUUUCGAUAACAUUAAAUGACAGUACUAUGAGUUAGUUUGAGA